AGAUCAACCGUGCGAGGUGCGUCAUUCGUGGUGGCAGACAGGGAGCUCUCUUGCUCGCGAGCCUCGUCGUCGAGGACACCCCGGUGCGAGAGUUCUGGCACAAGAGACGCUCCAAUCCCCACCUCAAAUCCCCUCCGAGCACCAGUUCCAACCGGAAAUGAAGAUCCCGAAGGCGGUCCACGAAUUUGGUCCCCCCCCCCCGUGGUUCUCUCUCUUGAUGGUGACGAGCUGAGUGAUAAGAAAGACUCGGGCGAUGCGAGAAAAGAAAUGGGGACUAUUGUUGCUGAGGAGAAGAAGAAGAAGCCGCCAUUAGCAGAGGGGGCUUCACCGGAGAAGCUCUCGAGCAACGCGCUCCCGUGUAUGGAUCGGCUGAGAGAGGAGCUUUCUUGCGCCAUUUGUUUGGAGAUUUGCUUCGAACCAAGCACUACUCCCUGUGGGCACAGCUUCUGCAUGAAGUACUUAAAGUGUGCUGCAGCUAAAUGCGGAAAAAGGUGUCCUAAAUGUAGGCAACUGAUCAGCAAUGGGAGAUCUUGCACAGUGAACACAGUUCUUUGGAACACAAUUCAGCUCCUGUUUCCUGAGGAAGUCGCGGCGAGGAAGAGCUCCACAGACCCAAAAAUCACUUCUGAUCGAAGCACCAAACCCUAUUCCGACAGUUCAGAGCGAAGCAACAGCAACAGCACCAGAAGCAGCAGCAUGAGAAGCUACACCCAAGUUUCUGAAACAAUGGAUCGGGUGGGCAGAAGAAGGGCGGCGCUGAGCCAAUCGGAGGAUGCCGCGUUGGCUUAUCGGCUGCAGAGGGAAGAGUUCAUGGUAGCUUUCCGGAGCAGCCGCGAGGAGCAGCGGAGUGCCCUCUACGCUGCUAGCACCAAUCUCCGAUCUAUGGCCUCUAGAGCUAUUCAUUUGCGGACUAGAAGUCGGCACUCAUAAUAUGCAUGUUACCGUUAUUCUGCUUUCUGAAACAAUCUGGCAGAACAUUCAGACUGAAACACUUCAUUUGAUGGAAGUGUAUCGAAUUUCGUAGAUGUUGAUUAGCACUUUUUGGCGGUACUUAGCCCAUUAUUUGAAUUCUACACUGUUCUAACAUGUUGUAGGAAUCCUCUUUGUUAAAGAAUUGGUGUGAUCAGAUGGAAAAAUCGAAAUAAUAUAACAGCGGUACAUUUUGCAGAUUGAUCAGAUGGAAAACACGAACCUUAACGCACAUUUUAUCAGAUUGAAUUAUUAUUAUUGUUAUUAUUAUUUUGGUGUUGCAGGACAUAUUAGAAACUACUGCCUGGCCCUGGUCCAUUAUGGACCACUAUCUCUUUUUUUUUUUUUCUAAAGAAAAAAAAAAAGGUGUUUAUCGGUUAAUGCGCACCUUCGUAUUCAUGCACUAUAUAAAAUUGAGAAAUGCUAGCUAUAUGUUCUAAAAAGAGGUGUAUAUCCUACACCACUUUGUCCCAAGAUUGGCGAUUUUCAAAUUCUUUUAAUAUUUUAUAAAAAAAAAUAGU